AGAUCGAGAAGGACUGCGCAAACAUAUGACGUCACGACUUCAUGUUUGGUUUCAUUUUUAUGCGGUUACGGCCAGUUUUUACCGCGCGGCGCGGACUUGGAUCGCUUGGAGCAGUGACCCUAGCUUGGAGCUGUACGUGAGGUGAGGAAAUAACUUUUUCCUGCGUUCUACCACCUGUGUGACGGCGCUUUCAACGACAGCGCCUACUGCUUCUGAUGGCCGGCAUCCAGCAAUUGGCAGGGCGCUUAGCUCUGGUCACAGGUGGGGGCAGUGGCAUCGGUCGCGCUGUGUGCAAGGCCUUGUCGCACGAAGGAGCGCGCGUUAUAGCUGCCGACAUAAACAAAGAAGGUGCAGCGACUACGGUCAGCGAUUUGCCAGGUUCCCAUGAACAUCGUGCUCUAGAAGUGGAUGUUGGAAGCUCUGAAUCUGUGUCGUCACUGUUUGCUGAAAUCAAGAAGGCAUACUCUGCCCCAGUCAGCAUUGUAGUCAACUGUGCUGGUAUUGUCCGAGACUCCUUCCUUAUGGACAUGACUGAGGAAGCAUUUGAUGAAGUGUUGAAGAUCAACUUAAAGGGGACAUACCUUGUGACCCAAGCUGCUGCUCGGGAAAUGGUCUCGUCUAAUGUGCCAAAUGGAGCAAUUGUGAACAUUUCCAGUAUUGUGGGAAAGACUGGAAACAUGGGUCAAUGUAACUACGCUGCUUCGAAAGCGGGCGUUGUGGGUUUCACGAAGACAGUUGCUCUGGAACUGGCCAAGCAUAAUAUCCGUUGCAAUGCCAUCAUGCCUGGUUUCAUAGAUACACCUAUGGUUGCUACUGUUCCAGAAAAAGUGAUGUUGAAGAUAAAAGGAAGAAUUCCCAUGGGACGCUUUGGUAAGCCAGAAGAGCUGGCUGAUGCAGUGCUUUUCUUGUGCUCUCCAGCCAGCUCCUAUGUGACUGGUUCAGUGCUUGAGGUCACUGGUGGCUUGUAUAUGUAGGCAGGUGACAUGGUUUAUGUUCCUUGUGGCAUGCUAGGUGGUGGAUUAUGUGCAGAUGUGUUAAGCUUUUAUUUCUGCAAUGUUGUGAUGACAUCUUUUUAUUGUUGUUGGAGAAAGGCGAUUGCUAACAGCUUGUGCAGAUAUGUACACGCUUAAUGAGGAGUGAGAAAAAUUGACAGCAGAUUUUCAGGGACUCCCUUCUCCUUAGAAUGGAAGUCACAUUAAGCAGUUAUAGCUGAGCACUGCUUGCGGUUCAACUUGCUCGCAUUUCACUUGCUGAGGCACUGCAGAGAAGUGCAUCAAUUUUGUAUUUUUGAUAAGUGACGUGAGUGACACAGUGAGCUCCAAUAUGACAAAGCCUGGUGGAAGUGCCAUCACACUGCACUUAGUCGGUUAUGUAGCAGAGCGAGCCAGCACUCUGGCUUUUGCUGCUGGCAUGAGCAUAUUGUGCAUGUGCACUAGCAUUUCCACUGAGAGGCUGUGCACAGAAUGUUAGGAUACACCAGUCUCAGUGCAGCGAACUGUGAGUGGAGCUCCAUUGUAGAAAGGUCAGCGACACUUACCUACUUGAGAAAGCAUGUGAGCAAAUAACAGAAUUUUUCAAUCUCAGAAGUCUUAAGAAUAUUGUGCAUGGAUAUCAGUAGCAGUGACACUGAGAAGAGUAGGAGAAGGUAAUUACAUUUGUUAGUUCCUAAGGAACUGAGACCUCAGCCCAGGCCUCCUUGGGUGGUAUAGGAGCACUGGCUGAGUGCAUUCCUUAUUUACUGCACCAGCAGGACUGGGCAACUAAGAGCGAUGACAAUAGUGCAUUGUAAGAGAGUGAAGAUGUCAAUAGGAGCAUGUCUGCAACAUGUAACAGGCUUCUACAAUAGUUUAUAUGCUAAUAUGCGGAAGUUUUUAGCUCUUUUAAUGUUACACAUUCUCAUGAAUUAUGGCCAUUUUUGGAGGGAACAGUAGGGGCACAUACCAGAAGCUUACAGUGGAAAACUGUUACAACAAGUGAAUGAAAAAAUGUAAGAGGUAAAAAGGAGGAUGUAUGUAAGGAAUGUGUGCAGUAUUAUGUCAGCUGGAGAGUGAUAAGCAACAAUCUAUGCAUAGUUGAUGAGACAAUACAUGGACUGCAGGCAGCUUAACUUUUUAACUCAACUAUGUGCAUUUAAAAACAAUAAACUGCAGGUUGUAGGAAUUUACUGUGACAAACAAAUCAUAUCGAUCAAUCACUUCAAUCAAUCAAUCAAUCAAUCAAUCAAUCAAUCAAUCAAUCAAUCAAUCAAUCAAUCAAUCAAUCAAUCAAUCAAUCAAUCAAUCAAUAAAUCAAUUUGUGUUAAAUUGCAAAUUUGAGCCGUAUGCUUGUACACUGACAAGUUACUUAGCACUUUUUAUUACACCCCUUACUCAAUGCCCUGUCAAGGGGCCUGUAAGGUAUGUUCAGGUAUGUAAGUGUACUUGACAAGUGCUAAUGUGUGCACAUUGUUGCAAAGUAUUUACAUACAGAGUCCUUAUGAUGACAUUGCUGCUGGCUGCAAGCCUUGUCUGAGCCAACAGCUGCUAUUAGAGUUUCAGCAUGUCCGGUAUUCUGUUAUAUGCAAGCAGAUUGGGCAGAUUGCUGGGUGAGCGGAGUAAUAAAUGUGAGCGGCCAGAUUGGUGGUGUAGAGCACAACCAACCAAACACAGAUCUAAUAUUGUAGUAAUCAAGCUUAAGGCAUGUUAGAAAGGCCCCUCGCCAGACCCCAUAGCAAAUUUUGUUUAUACACUGAAAAUUGUUACUUGUCCUCUAAGGAGCGUUCUACUGCAAAAAUUUUUCAAAUUGACUCAUUAAUAGCCGAGCUAGAAAUAUUUCAGUUCUGCGAACCAAUGAUCUCAGAAGGCGAGCUCCAUUGCAAAGCGAGACACUCUCUCCACUUGCCUCGUCUAGCCUCUGCAAGCGAAAUUCCUUCUCUGCUUUCUCCCUUACCGGACCUCGAUGAUUGCGUGACGCAUACGUCACAGGCCCCGCCUUCAUUUUUUUUCUCCUCGCUUGUUUUUUUUUCGGCGCUGUGCAUUUUUGCUAAUGGCGCCGCGUGUGAGCUGUUGUGAUUCUUUAGUUUUGUGCAGCAUACAGUUUUGCGCAGCGUACGAUUUUGCGCGCUGUGCACAAGGACUACCGGUAUAAUUCAGCGCUACAUGAAUACUGAGGCAAACACAAGUGGACUGCAUAACAUGAUCGCGUGCUGGAACAUGGUAGAAAGUGGCAUAGUUUUGGUACCUGUGCACGUGACUGCAUGAACGGGGGAACAAGCAGACGAAGCGGAAGUACAUCUGUCUUGCUUCGGUGCAAAGAAAAAAAAAAUGCAGUCAUUGUGUUUGUGUUUUAUUUAUUCUCUAAACUUCAGUUCAUCAAUUCAAGCAACAGAUCAUACAAAUAACAGAUGUUGCCUUGAACAAUUCUCGAAGUCACAUGUCUCGAUGAUUGACGUCACAAUGCGGGCACGAAUACGUAGGCGCAGGGACGCGAGUAGGUCACUGUCCGGCUUGGAGCGCGGUCACCGCGAGGGAAAGGGAAAACGGCAUUUGGAUUGAAAUUUCAGACCUUUCCACAGCCCGUAGCGAUGUAAUACGUUGCAAACAUGAUCGUUAGCAUGCAUUGUGUGCUCUGUGCUAAGCUCGAAAUGGCCAGACCUGGUGAGGGUCCCUUUAAACACUUAAAAAGGCGAUAUGUUCACAAUUAUGCCACUGCCGAAAAUAUACACCAGCAAUCAAGUCGAAUGCACUUGGUCAGUGCGCGGACUGUGCAUAGUGGAAUACCGGAUACACUAAAACUCUCUAUGAACUCACCUUCUACAUGUCCAUGGCUGCUAAUAAUAAUAUAUCUUCAGAAGUGCUUCCUGAUCACUCGUGUUGAUUUGGCUUGUUAAGAGAGCUAUCUAUCUGCUGCAGUAUUUUUCAUUACAAAUGGAGUACCUGUGCCACUUGUCUUUUGCAAAUGUUAACUGACAUUAUAUAAGCAAAUAGUGGGGCUAUGACAUGAUGUUUGUGCAUCACAAUAUGGUCUCCAGCUUUUUAUUUAAGAUAUUUGGCUUCUGGUGGUACCUCAUUGCUGUUUAUGCAGGUGUUUUUGUAAAAGUUCAGUCAAACUGACUCUUCCCAAGAUAUUUUCUCUUUUUCUUCGUUUUUUGAAAUUUGGCACAGAACAUAUGCUGAAGGAAAAGCUCCUUCAUUUUGAUCAAAUAUUGCAACACUUUCAGAGGAAUUUCAGUCACAGUGCAGAAUGACCAAAGGCUCCUUCUGCAUGUGAAAUUAAGGACCAAGAGAUGCGUACUUGCAGUAUGAAAAUAAAAUAUCUAUCGCAUUUCAGUUAA